CCAGAUUGAUUCGUGCCAUCCAUCCAUCCAUCCAUUUAUUUGUCCAGACAUUCGAAUUUAUUGGGCAGCGGUGCCGCCUUCCACCACACACAUUCUCACACAGACGCACAGAGAGAGAGAGACUUACAUAUGUACACUCACAUGCACUUCGCAUCUGCUGUCUGUCCCGUCCGCCAUUUCACCCAUACCGAGAGCACUAAACAAACCACACCGCUACGCCCUGCCUGCUGGCUGCCGGCUGCCAGCUGUCUGUCUGUCUAGCUGGGAAAGGACCGGUGGAAGUGGAUAUUCUUCCACUCCUUCUUGCCGUCGCCCAUCUUGUGCCACACCCUGGUCUCCUCCGUCGCCACCGUCUCCGGCGACCCCUGCCGCAUCACCUGCAUCAGCCGGUUGUACGUCACCACGGCUGUCUCGUUGCCCAACAAACGAAUCUGCUCACCCACCCAAAGAAACAGACAGGGACAUCACACACAGCCAUGCAAGAGCCGAGUGCCCCUCUCCUGCUCGCCUUGAGGUUCGUGACGGUCACUUUGGCGGGUGCACUGGCGUCCACCUCCUUGCCGACCGAUGUGGUCUUCUUGGCCGCCGUCAGGUUGAAAUAGUACUGUGACGAACAACACACACACACACACACACACACGGUAGAGGAGAUUGACGCCGGCAGAGGAGAUGCGGCUGCCCACCUUGUGGAAGUCCAGGCCCUCCACCAGAUAGCCUUUCGAUUCAGGCUCGAAGCAGGUCAGCGAGGGGUCACAGAGCUGCUUGUACGUCUCCCAGUCGCCAUCUGUGAUGGCCUGCAGAAGCCGCUUGUUCAGCGCAUUCAGCUCCUCUAUCUCCGAUGGAACGGCCGGCAUGCUGCUGCUGCUGCUGCUGCUGCUCUCGAGUGCGGGGACCGGCCACACCUGGGAUGCUGCCGCAGAAUGCGUUGCCGCAGCGGCGUGUGUGAGAAGGGGUGAUCUGCCGCUGAAGAGAGCCGGGUUGCUUCGGAUGAGAAGGAACAGCAGUGCGUUGAGCGGCAGAGGGCUCAGGGGCAUGAAUCACGUGGCAGCAGACGCCAGCACGACUGUUCACCUGCUCACAGACACGUAUGAUGGAUUCCGAUCACAGAUCUCGCAUCCUUCUUGUGGCUGUGGCUGCUUACGUGGCGUGGGGAGAGAGACCCG